UCAAAUUACUGUUGUCGAGUCUUCCACCUUUAGUUUUGAAAAGUCUGUGCACAAAGAUCGAGCGCGUAGCGCGAAGUGAAUACAUAAUCGAGCGCGAAGCGCGCGAUUAAUAUAUCAUCGAGUGCGAAUGUUUAAACACAUGCUAGCUUUUUAAAUAAAUAUUCUCGAACAUUUUUGUUUUUUAAUAAAAAGUAUUACUGUUGAUCUAGUGGUAGUGAAAUAAAUUAAAUUUGUAGAAAAAAAUAAGGGUUUGUUAAAUAAUGAAGGCAAGGUGUAACUAUAAUUAAAUAAUAUACAAACUUGAUGAUUAGUUAAGAAUAAAUACAGUGAAACUCUACUAUAGAGCCGAUUUUGGAGCUGACGGUGGGUGGGAAUUAACUCAUAAUAGCCUGCUCCGCAUUUGUUUGUUUACACCUGAGUGCUACUCGUAGCUUGAGUGACAACCGCAGACCACAUGCACCCCACGUAGCAUCUGUCACAUCUACCUGCAGCGCGGCGUCGAUUCUCGAAAGGGCUAUAGAAUAGAGGGUUAUUGAAGAGUUUGACUGUAAUAAUUUAUUGUUUAUAUAAAAAAAUUAAAUUUUCAGCAACAAAUUAUUUAAACUGAUGGAAUUUAUUUAAACAAUUGAAAAUCAAUAAAAGAAUGUUUCAUGAAUAUUCCUCUAAAGAAAUAUUACUCAUUUUUGAUCGAAGAAAAUUUUUUUUAUUAUUUAAACAUAUUUAAUUUGUUUAUAUAAUGGCAAAUUAAUAAAUGCAAAUAAUAAUCUACUAGGCCAAUAUAAAUAAUUUGAAGUAAAAAAAGACUGAAAUAUACUGUUGGAAUUAUUUAGUAACAAAAACAAAAAAAUUCAUGCUUUAGAUUUUGAAUAAGGAAUUUUUGAGUUUUUUAUUUUCACAUAAAUCUUGCAAACAUCAGUAUUGUGAAAAGAUCAUAAAUUGAAAAAUCGUGACAUUGUACUUGGGGGCUUUAAAAAAAUACGAAAUGUAUGUAUUAUCAACAUGUCCCUACCUCGCUAGCCAUCUGGUAGUGAGGGUGUUAUAAAAAGCCAGCCGAAGCGACUAAAAAUAUUAAAGUGGGUUUUAAAACAUAUACUGCAAAUUUGAAGAAGACCCCGAAUUCAGGAUGAAGUCUAUUAUUCCAAUGACGUUAAGCCUUUUUUGGACUCAUGUUCUCAUGGUCCUUGUAUUCUUCCAACAAGCGGAAUGUAGAUGUCGCAGUUAUGAUUUUAUACCUGAAAUACUCCCUACUUAUUGCUGCUACGAUCUGGAAGAAGCUGUUUUUGACGUGUGCGGGGAAGGUAACUAUGAAAUAGACUGGUCUUCUCCUGAUGCCGAAGAUUGCUGCAUCAUAGGUUGCACAGAUUGGAGACUUUCACUGUUUUGCACAAACCCUAUUGUACCUCCACCAUUCCCUCGUUUUUGCUGUUCCGAUUUUGAAACAGCUGUUGCUCAGGUGUGUGGGGAAGAUAACUAUGAUAUAGACCCGUAUUCUACUGCCGUCAGACAAUGUUGCAACCAAGGUUGCUCAGAAUUGGGACUUCAAUUUUUCUGUCUCUCUCCUCCUGUUUACCCUGAACCAACACUGCCUACUUAUUGCUGUACAGAUCUUGAAGAAAAAGUUGCUGAAACGUGCGGGGAAUAUAACUACUAUCCUAUUGACUAUUAUUCCCCUGAGGCCCAAAUUUGCUGCUACUUAGGUUGCGAAGAGGACGAUUUUUCACAGUUCUGCAUUUACACUGACGAUAUGUACGAUCCUGCAAGCACCUCAAGCCUGAUUUCUACAAGCAGUGAAGCCCAAACGGAAACAACCGACCAAAGCCCUAUGAAAACAAGCGCUGUAAGCCUUAUCGGUGCAGACAGUGAAGAACUUAUGGAAACAAACGACUAAAGCCCUACGAAAACAACCACCUCAAGUCUUCUUAGUACAGAAAGUGCAAACACUUUGGAAAGAACCGACCCAACCCCUACGAUUCCCUAAGCGACUCUCUUCCAAGGAUAAAACUUGCUAGACAAGGCAAGAUCUCGGAAAUGAAAUUGAUACCCAGUGAAUACAGAUAGAAAAAUUAUCGUUUAAAAAACGAAUGUAUUUUUCUGAAUAGCAUAAAGUAAAUCAAACAUGUACAAUUUACGUUUUGAAUUGUAUCUAAAAUAAAAAUAUUUGAAAUAA